GUGUUCGAACGUGUGUGUUGAUAGCAGUAGCUCCAUUACUUGCUCUAACUAUCGACUACCCGAUUUUUACGUGAACGUAAAAAACUUCUUCAGACUUCAAAAUGCGUGAAUGUAUCUCAAUCCACGUUGGCCAGGCUGGAGUCCAAAUUGGUAAUGCCUGUUGGGAAUUAUAUUGUUUGGAACAUGGCAUUCAGCCUGAUGGCCAAAUGCCAUCAGACAAAACCAUUGGAGGAGGUGACGACAGUUUUAACACUUUCUUUAGUGAAACUGGUGCCGGAAAACAUGUUCCCAGAGCUGUUUUCAUAGACUUAGAGCCUACAGUAGUCGAUGAGGUUCGCACAGGUACCUAUCGUCAACUCUUCCAUCCAGAACAGUUAAUCACAGGCAAAGAGGAUGCUGCAAACAAUUAUGCUCGUGGUCAUUACACAAUUGGCAAGGAAAUUGUUGAUCUUGUCUUGGACCGCAUUCGCAAACUUGCAGAUCAAUGUACAGGACUUCAAGGUUUCCUCAUCUUCCACUCCUUUGGAGGUGGCACUGGCUCUGGCUUCACAUCUUUGUUGAUGGAACGCCUUUCUGUGGAUUAUGGAAAGAAGUCAAAGUUGGAGUUUGCAAUUUACCCGGCACCCCAAGUCUCCACUGCUGUGGUUGAACCCUACAACUCGAUUCUUACCACCCAUACUACUUUAGAACAUUCCGAUUGUGCAUUUAUGGUCGAUAAUGAAGCUAUUUACGAUAUCUGUCGCCGUAAUUUGGAUAUCGAAAGACCGACGUACACAAACCUGAACCGACUGAUUGGUCAAAUCGUUUCUUCGAUCACUGCCUCACUUCGUUUCGAUGGUGCCCUUAACGUUGAUCUGACUGAAUUCCAGACUAACUUGGUACCUUACCCAAGAAUUCAUUUCCCUCUGGUCACCUAUGCUCCAGUCAUUUCAGCAGAGAAGGCAUACCACGAACAGCUCUCUGUCGCGGAAAUCACAAAUGCUUGCUUCGAGCCAGCCAAUCAGAUGGUCAAAUGCGACCCUCGUCACGGAAAGUACAUGGCCUGUUGUAUGUUGUAUAGAGGAGACGUUGUACCAAAGGAUGUUAAUGCAGCUAUCGCGACUAUCAAAACAAAACGCACGAUCCAAUUCGUCGAUUGGUGUCCAACUGGAUUCAAAGUUGGCAUUAACUACCAACCACCUACUGUUGUACCCGGUGGUGAUCUUGCUAAGGUACAACGCGCUGUCUGCAUGUUGUCCAACACUACUGCUAUUGCAGAGGCUUGGGCUCGACUCGAUCAUAAGUUUGAUCUGAUGUACGCCAAGAGAGCAUUUGUACAUUGGUACGUCGGUGAGGGUAUGGAAGAGGGUGAGUUCUCCGAGGCACGUGAGGAUCUUGCUGCUUUGGAGAAGGAUUACGAGGAGGUCGGUAUGGAUUCUGCUGAGGGUGAAGGAGAAGGAGCCGAAGAAUACUAAACUGACAGCCAUCGAGGUUUUUCAAUGAGAAACCAGAUGAAAUAAACGAGCGGAUUUACAAAUA